CACUCAUUCAUCCAUCUCUCUUUCUCUGUUGCUGGAAGAUGAAGAACUAGGAUAAGAAGAGGGGGGAGAAUGAAAACACUUCUAGAUCCAUUGUGCUAUUCUCCUUAUGAGCUAUCAUCUCCAAAAUCAACUCCCAGUCUGUCUCUUUCUAUAGUUGCAAUCUCUCAAACGACCUAUCUUCUACUCCUCUAACUUGAAUGGAUUUGUCGAUUGCACAAUCACGCGAGUGACGACCUUGCCUUGGGGAUGACUGUCGUUCUCAUGUUGAUUGGAUAGAUGGUGAGUUCCUUGUGACACAAUUGUUUUUGUGUAAUUUUUCAGUAUAUGUUAUUUUAGUGCUUGCCUUCUCUAGUGGUGGUUUUAUUUUAUUCUUCAAUCUCUCUUCGUGUUUGUUGCCUGACAUUUUAUUGUAUGUUCCUUCUUUCUCUAGAAUUACAUCCAACCAAGGGCAUUUUUGUAAUUUCCAACGUGACAACAAAUGACUUUUAUUCCUCCCAUCUCUCAAUACAUUUUUUCCAGACUUUUCUCUCUUGCAUGACGAUGAUUAGAAACUGCCAUGAAGAAACUGAGGAUGCUUCACAGCUAAGCUCCUCUCUAUGUACUUAUCUUCUUUUUGGUUCCAGCUGAAUUCCAAUCUCACUCGUUUUCACUCUUUUGGUCUGACCGACAAUUCGAUAAAUAAAUAAAAAGUCGGAAGAGGAUGAAGAUAAAACAAGAUAAACAUAUUGAAUAGAAGGAAGAAAGAAGGCGUGUGAAGGAGAGGAAGGACCCCCAACAACAAUCAGAACCGCCUCCGCCUGGACGGAGAUGAUAAUGAUGAAAGGGAGGAUGGCAUUCAAUGUCUUCGUCUCAACUCAAAGGAAAGCUUGAUCGACGAACACUCAUCCAAAUGGAAAUGACGAGCCUAGCGACGUAUAGGAACAAACAAAACGGGGAGGAAGGAGAUGUGGGUCGAUCCGCCAUAUAAGAGAAAGAGGAGAAGAUGGCGAAGGGGACCGAUUAGCGGGAGGUGAGUCACCAUGCAGACAAUGUUGAGCGGCGGCGCGGGGCGUGAGCAGCAGCCAACAGGGCUGGUGGAGAGGCUGGUGGUGACCAACCUAGGGCGGGGCGCGGGAGAUGUUUCAGGUAGCCAACUUUGGACGAGUGAAACAUGUUAUUGGCUCGAUGAAAAUGGACGUUUGAGAGCAUGUUUUGAAGCUGGAGUUACCCUCUACCUGUUGACAUGCCUUGGAGCUCGAUUGAAAGUCCAAAAGGUGGGUUUUCAGGCUGUGCAAAAGUGGAAGUGAAAACCGGAGAACUGCCCAAAAUCGGCUAAGGCAUGAAACCGUUUCGGCAGAACAACUUUGGAGCUCCAUUCUGGACAAUUAGUGGGGAAUCGAGUUGCAAGGUUUGUUCCACAUGAAAGAUUGCAUUUUCUACUGCAAGGACGAGGCAUUGGAUGAUUGGUUUGAUCUCUGGAAGGGUUCGAACGAGGGUGCCAAAGAUUGUGUCGAGCCUGCUGUUUUUGACUUUGGAGGAAGGCUAAUCCAAAUCCUAUUCGGAUUAGGAUUUGUAAGCUGUUUGAUUCAAUUACUUUUCGUGUUGGACUUGUUAUCCUUUUUGAAAUGUAACCUAGCUAGACUUCCUUUUCAAGUUGUUAGAUGGAUUUAGGUUCUAGUUAAGUCGAGUUAACCUUUGUAAUAAAGAGAUUAGGUUGAA